AUAAAAAUGAAUGCCAAGAAUAAUAAGUUAAAUUUCAUCCGUUUAGGCAGGAUUUUAGAGUUAUCAUUAUAUCCGUCUUUGGUUCGCGUGCUUAGCGAGGCACACAAGGCAGACGCUAUAAGUUAUAAUCAUAAGUUUCGCAAAAUUUUCAUGAAUAGACUAGCUGAAGAUCUAUGGUAUAAUAAUCCAUUAUAUCCAGAACGCGAAAGGACAUUGGUUUGUAGCAUGCCAUUUACUGCGGUUAGUAAUGAGUUGUUACGAACACCAUCUAUAUUUUCUUGGGGUGUAUCACGAGAUCAAGCAGCUACUAUUAUACAAUCAGCGUAUCGUGCUCACAUAGUCCGGAUACAGCCUGACGUGGCGGAAAUGAGGGCUUUUUGGCGAGCAUUGACGACCAAAGGCCGCAAGUAGACGUGUUGAAGUGUUGAAGUAGUUGCUUUUGUCAACUACUCCAAUCAAAAGAAUGAAUUUAACUGUAAAUUUAUUUUUUUUUUAGCUAUUAUAAUGUUUUGUACACAUAACGCAUCAAUGUUCUCGAAUUUUCGAAUCAUUACUGUCGACAUGCAAAUAAAAUAUCUCCCCUUGCUAUACUACGAAAAAUAUUAUUAUUUUUUUUUGUCUAAAGUUCUUGCUGAUUUCCCCUUUCGACUAAAGAUAUAGUUUUCUAUUCCCCUUUAGAUAUUAUGUUGACCUUUUAGUUUCAUUCACUAAACUACCAAUAAGUCUUACAAUAAUAAAGG